UUUGCGUGUGUCGUCUGCUUGCUGUUUACAGUAAUUGCGUGUUGCGGAAAAUAAUAUUUACAUCAACAGAAUUAAUUAUGGUAUUUGUUUCUGGCGUCUUAAAUAAAUUGGAAAUAAACUCUGCUCGUCAACUGUAUAAAUAUCUGAUACGGGAAUGCAAUAAACUGCCGAAAGACGCAUCACAAUUUUACAAGCAUUCCAUUAAGCAGAGCUAUAAACAACAUGUGUAUGAAACAGACCCAGAAAGAAUCCAACAAAUAAUAAGUCGGGCAUUAGAAGAUGCACAAUGGGUUAUGAAGAAGUACACUGGAGGAGGAAAGCAUUAACGCUAAUGUAUGUUGCUUGAUUACUGACAGUGAGGUAGUACAGAAUCAAUGACAUAAGUAUAUCAGUAUUGCUUUUUGUAUUAAAACAAGCUAGAUAGAUUUACAAAGACUGCUGUUGGUGCUGUUUGUAAAGAAAAGAAUGAAGAUGGAGACAUCAUCUGCCAAUAACCUUACGCAAGAAAUUGAAGACAAUUCAGAAGAGAAUAGUCAGAAGUGGACAGUCAUAGAGACUGCAGAGCUUGAGAGUGUUGAUCAGUUCUGGUCUUCCAUUGAAAUUUUGAACAAAAACUUACAUAUUGUGCUGCCCCGUGUUUGUGGUUCAGUUCUUGCAUUUUCUGGCAAGUUACUAAGUCCCUUAAAUAAAAAAGCUAUUAAUUUCAAAAGUUUUGCAUCAUUUAAUCUUGGAGAAAAUGGAGAUGCUGUUGAUAUUCUGGAACAGCUGAAGGUCUGUGGAAUGGAUAUUGAAAUGAUAGAAGAUACUGAAAUUUAUGUCGCAGAAGUUUGUUAUGUUACAGUGCAGAAGUUAAUUCUUAAUCUUCAAGGUGUUUCUACAAAUCUUUGGGUAUUAGCUGUUAUAGAUCAUAAAGAUAAUGAAGCCAUGUAUGUGCUUCUUGAAAGCCCAACUCAAGAGACCACUACUGCAAAAUUAAAAGUGCAGUCUGUUUUCCCAUUCAAAAUUUGCUAUAAAGAUUGCUGUAUAAGACUGAUGAAAGUGGAAAAUGAUAAAGAAUGUGAUAGCUAUUGGCUUAAGAACACACUGCUCACAAAACUGUUAAAGUGGGCCCAUUCAUUGCCACCUUCAAAGACACAAGUUAAAUCUCUUUCAUUGAUUGGAAUUGAAGAGUAUGUUAAGCUUUAUCACACUCUCAAGGAGAAAUAUGGAUCUCAUAUGGUUAAGAUUUGGCCAGAAAGAACAGAUCCACAGAAAUUUGUUUAUGAAGAUGUGGCUAUAGCAACUUAUUUAUUGCUGUUGUGGCAAAAACAACGGGAGGAAGCUGGGAGACCACAAUGGAUGCAGAGUUUUGUAGAUCUUGGCUGUGGAAAUGGAUUGCUUGUGUAUAUAUUAAGUAGUGAAGGCCAUGUGGGUAAAGGCCUAGACAUUAGAAAAAGAUCCAUAUGGGAUAUUUAUCCUGAGUCCACACAGCUCCAGGUUGACACUAUCACACCUUCAGAUAACUUCUUGUUUCCUGACACUGACUGGAUUAUUGGCAAUCAUUCUGAUGAACUAACACCCUGGAUUCCUGUAAUAGCUGCCAGAAGUUCUUACAAAUGCUGCUUCUUUUUACUACCAUGUUGUUUUUAUGACUUCACUGGCAACAAAUACCAGAGACAGAACACUGAACUUAGCCAGUAUGCAGAUUACUUGGAAUAUUUAAAAUAUAUUUGUGAAGUUUGUGGUUUUAAAAUUCAGAUAGAUCGGCUGAAAAUACCAUCCACGAAAAGGAUUUGCCUUAUUGGGGCCAAACGAACUCACAUUGAAACAGAAAGUGACAUGAUUCACACAAAUAUUCUUCAGCUUCUAGAAAGUAAAAAUGAUAAAGGAAAAAAUGUAGGUGAAAAUGGUAGUUCUGAGUGGAUGUCAGGAUUUAAAGCACGUGAAUCUGUUGAGAGAGUUCGUAACUGUACUCAGCUAGACAGCGGACUGAGAGUCCAAAUUGUCAAUAUGGUAACACAGCAUCUGCUUGCCAAACGCCGCUUACUUAAGGUCAUGACAGAUAAUGGUGAAGAAAAGAUGUGGAAUGCUGGUGGUGUUAUGAGCAUUGGUGAAAUAGCUGCAGCUAUACCCACCAGUCUAUUGCAACAAUUGAAGAAUGAAUGUGGAGGACUGCAAACAUUACUAAAAAACAGUCAUAAUAUAUUCUUUGUGCACAAUGGAAAUGUACAAUUUAGAACACCAGAAAAUGUGCACAACAAAACUGCAAAAAAUAAACACAGAAAAAGAAAAAAGGAAUCUUCUGUGUUAAAGCAUAAAAUUAAGCCAUGUUGGUUUCAUGAGAACCAUCCUGAUGGAUGCUUCCUCCCAGAUGAAAUAUGUACUUUUAAACACUAAUUGUGUUUCCAUAAUAACACGGACUUUAAAUUCAUACUGAAUAAUGAAGUAUGGUAAGUGAAUUCAGGAUCUGCAUUUUUGGUAAUAAAUGGGAGGCAAAGCUCUAUGAAUCUAAAUGAAGAGAAAAGAUAUGUGUAAAGACUGUAAUAGAAGAGUUUUGAAGUAAUUCUGUAGAGAAUAUGCAUUAGGGUGACAAAGUUUAACUUCACUGAAAAUUUAAAUCCUGAGAAAACUGCUAAAGGGGACUCCAUGUGAUCAUAAAUAAUUAUUUUGCAGGGCAGAUUACUAGAAGUCAUUUCACUCCAAAACAAAUGUGUUAAUUCCAGAAGUCACUUGAAAAUACAUGUUCUAUAAUUAUAGCAUGUAUUAUGCAAAUCUGAAUGUAGCAAAAACAUAUCUGUUCACAUACUAUCUGUCAUUUUGCUUCAU